GCCGUGCAGCGGGGCCGUGCCGUGCCGUGCAGCGGGGCGAUGCCGUCCUACACGGUGACCGUGGCCACGGGCAGCCAGUGGUUCGCGGGCACGGACGACUACGUGUACCUGAGCCUGGAGGGCACGGCGGGCUGCAGCGAGAGGCACCUCCUGGACAAGCCCUUCUACAACGACUUCGAGCGCGGCGCGGUUGACUCCUAUGAUGUGACUGUGGAGGAAGACCUUGGAGAAAUUCAGCUAAUAAAAAUUGAGAAACGAAAAUAUUGGUACCAUGAUGACUGGUAUCUUAAGUAUAUCACUGUAAAAACUCCACUUGGUGACUAUCUGGAGUUCCCGUGUUACCGAUGGAUUACAGAUGAAAAAGAGAUUGUCCUGCGAGAUGGAAGAGCAAAGCUCCCCCGGGAUGACAAGACACAGAUUCUCAAGCAACACAGACGCAAAGAACUAGAGGACAGGCAAAAAACGUAUCGCUGGAAGGAGUGGCAUCCAGGCUUUCCACUGAGCAUCGAUGCCCAUUCUCACAGUGAACUGCCCCGUGACAUCCAGUUUGACAACGAGAAAGGAGUUGACUUCAUUCUGAACUACUCUAAAGCGAUGGAGAAUCUUUAUAUCAACCGUUUUAUGCAUAUGUUCCAGUCCUCCUGGAGUGACUUUGCAGAUUUUGAGAAGAUCUUUGUCAGAAUCAGCAACACAAUCUCUGAAUAUGUGAUGCAGCACUGGAAGGAAGACUUCAUGUUUGGAUACCAGUUCCUAAAUGGGUGCAAUCCUGUUCUGAUCAGGAAAUGCACGGAGAUACCCAAGAAGCUUCCAGUGACGACGGCUAUGGUAGAGUGCAGCCUGGAGAGGAACCUGACAUUGGAGGAGGAAGUAAAGCAAGGAAACAUUUUUAUUGUGGACUACGAGCUACUGGAUGGUGUGGAUGCCAAUAAGACAGAUCCAUGUACAAUACAGUACUUGGCUGCACCCAUCUGUCUACUGUAUAAGAAUCUGGAGAAUAAAAUUUUACCCAUUGCAAUCCAGCUUGGUCAAAAGCCUGGGCCUGGAAAUCCCAUAUUCCUUCCUUCAGAUGCCACAUAUGACUGGCUGCUAGCCAAAAUUUGGGUUCGCUCAUCUGAUUUCCAUAUCCACCAGACAGUGACCCAUCUCUUACGGACACACUUAGUUUCGGAGGUGUUCAGCAUAGCUAUGUUUCGGCAACUGCCUGCUGUGCAUCCCCUCUUCAAGCUCUUAGUGCCCCACAUGCGGUUCACAAUAGCCAUUAACACCAAAGCCCGAGAACAGCUUAUCUGCGAGUGUGGCCUCUUUGACAAGGCAAAUGCUACAGGUGGCGGAGGACAUGUACAAAUGGUGCAGAAAGCAAUGAAAGAACUGACCUACAGCUCCCUCUGCUUCCCUGAGGAAAUUAAAGCUAAAGGGAUGGACAGCCAAAAGGAUAUCCCCUACUACUAUUACCGGGAUGACGGCAUUAAAGUUUGGGAGGCCAUAAAGAGUUUUGCAGAGGAUGUGAUUGGCAUCUACUACGAGAGCGAUGAGGUGGUCUGCGAGGACGUGGAACUGCAGGCUUUCGUCAAGGACAUUUAUGUCUACGGCAUGAGGGGUGUGAAGGCCUCAGGGUUUCCUAAAAUGAUCAAGACCCGAGAGAAGCUGGCAGAAUAUCUGACAGUGGUAAUAUUCACCACAUCGGCCCAGCAUGCAGCUGUGAAUUUUGGUCAGUAUGACUGGUGUUCCUGGAUUCCCAAUGCCCCACCAACAAUGCGCUGCCCACCUCCGACGGAAAAGGGAACAGUCACCAUUGAGCAGAUUGUGGAGAGUUUACCAGACAGGGGACGUUCUUGUUGGCACCUUGGAGCUGUCUGGGCCUUGAGCCAAUUCCAAGACAACGAACUAUUUCUAGGCAUGUACCCAGAUGAGCACUUCAUUGAAAAGCCAGUGAAGGAAGCUAUGGCUAAAUUCCGCAAGACCCUUGAUGAGAUCGUCAGCGCCAUCACUGAGCGAAACAAGAACAAAAAACUUCCUUACUACUACCUUUCCCCAGAUCGGAUUCCCAACAGUGUGGCUGUUUGAGCAGAUUU